AUGUCUACGAAAUCAGCACGUCAGGAGAUUUUAAAUUCAUUAGAUGCUGAAUAUACAUCAGAUUUAGCAAUUCAUUUAUAUUCAACUUUUUUACUACGAAGAAUAAAUCCUUUAUUUCCAAAACAUGAAUGGAGUUAUUGGCCAUUACCUAUUGAAGAAGUACCUAUUCCAAAAGAUAAUUAUGAAGAUAAUACUAUAAAAGGAUAUAAAGAAGAUAUAGAUUUAUGGCAAGAGAAAUAUAAUAAAUCUUUACAAGGUUGGAUUGAUCAAUAUAACCAUAAAAGAAAGAAACCUAAAAAUGUAACUAAAAUUGAUAUAUCAACAGAUUAUUCCAGCGAUGGUGAUGAUAGUAGUAGUAGUAGUAGUAGUGGUAGUAGUGAUGAUGAUGAUGAGGAGGAGGAACAUUUAGAAGAAAUUGAUAUUCGUGAGAAAAUAAUACAGGUUGAAUAUAAAGAUAAGAUAAUUAAUUCAAAGAAAAUUCUAUCUAAUUCAAUAUCAUCAAUAUUACAAUCAAAAAUUGAAUUAAAAAUUAAAAAAUUAAAAGAAUUAGGAGAAAUUGAUCAAAUUUUAGAAUCAAGUGAUAAAAUAUUUGAAAAUCCAAUAUUAAAUCCCAAUAAUUAA